UAAGUGUAAUUGUGGUAACUUUAAAUUAUCGUAGACUAAUUUUGUGACCAGGUUUCUCCUGUUCGCGCUUGGCUGGAAGAUCAUCGUAACAGCAGCUUCAUCGACAUCCAUCCUGAAAUUGCCUUGGAGAUGGCAUGGAAAUUGCAACUCUCUGAUCUCGCUCGAGCUACGCUGCGCGUACUUGUCGUGGAAAGAGCCCUUGAGCCAGCUCACAGUCGGAUCAUCAGCAAUGUGACCAAGUUUGGUCGUCCCCGCACCAGUCUUUCCGACGACAUUAGUACCGUGGUUGAGCACGCUACAGAAAGUAUACGGAUUCGGUGCCAGGAAGCUAGCGACAAUAUCUUCUCCGAGAAUCCUUACGAUUGGCUGCAACUACCUAGUUGGGGACUGUUCAUGCAAAUUGGUACAGUUCUUGCUGCUGAUAUUGCCGCCACUGGAGAUAUGCAGCUUACCGACAAGAUAACUGAAGAAAUAUGUGAGCACCAUAAACGAGUAAACGGACGUCUCCUACAUUACAUCACGUCUGCAAUCUCUCGCGCGUUUGAUGCUGUGAAGGCCGGCACAGUAAUUGGAGCUAAUCGGCUAGGUGAGAUGGACAACGAUAGACUCGCCUAUGCAAAUGGAGACGUCGGCUUUCAAAGCACCAAGCAGAUCAUGACAUCGAUGUCAAAGGAACAGAUCCUGCUAAUGCCCCUCUUCUGGAAUAGACUAAGGAUUGAAGUUGCCGAGUAUGAGGCCUUCCGUGAUUGCUGCAAUGCGGGGCGCGAGAUGAUUAUGCUCACCACGUUACUCAACAAGGCCGUCGGGGAGGGGAUGUUUUCAAGUCUGCGAGCGGAACACCCAAUGAGUGUACCUCUCGGCCCAAUUUCGUUCCACGAUGAGCUCUGCAGAGAGAUCGAUAAACUGUCGAGGGAUUGGGUUCCAUUUUACGGAAAUCUCGAGGUCCCACUUCAUCGCACUACGCACCUGGCGCUGGGUUUUGCCGAAGACGAGUUCAAGUUCUUACCACUGUGGGCCGGUGGUCUUGAUGAUGAGACCGGUGCCGUAUUUGACGAUAUGGAUGUCCCCGAUACCGACAUGGGCCCCAAUCAACCUGGUCCUGCAUAUAUAACUGGCAAGACUAUUGCGCCGUCGUCUACUGCCGAUUCUGACAUUACGAUCAUUGGUGGUGGAAUGUCAGUUCAAGCUGUUCAGUCGGGCGCCAACACAAAUGCCUCGGUUAGUAAAACAACAGGAAGCUUUGUAAAAGUCUCACCUUCGGAGACAAGCAAUUUGGAGAAUUUGGAUUUGAUGCAUAGCGAUACCAAGAGUAUGCGGAGUGCAAUGGGAGGAAUUGGUAUAUUCAGCGACUCGAGUACCAGAAGUCUGCGAAACGCCAUGGAUGACAUUGGCAUGGCCAGCGAAUCAGAUGAGGUGGGGGACAUCGAAUCUUCCCACAACAUAGAUGAUGAUGACGACGACGAUGCUCAGAGCCUGGCCGCAAAUCCAGACGAUAUCACAGCAGACAGUGACAGCAUGAGCGAUGACUCGGAUUGGACUGACAUUUACAAUUAAUACACAAGUGACGGGGCACGGACGAUCAUAGUUCCACCGUUACAGGAAUUUAGGGGAUGGGGGUUGUGAUGAAUCUUAUCGCGCUUGUUUGGUUUUAUGAAAAGUGCGUGACUACAAUCAUGCAUUGCGCAAUGACGGACUAUGAACAAGGAACAAAAAUUGUGGCACCAAUUACUACCAUAGACUUUGUGACAGCUUUAGACACGCUCAGUCUCUUAUUAUACCGGGCCUCUGAGUCAGCAUACACA